ACAGACAUGAGUUGGCUGAGGCAGUGCCCUUACAGCGAGACGCCGGCUUGCUGAGGGCAAGUGUUGUGAAGUCCGCUGCUGUUUGUUUGCAGUUACUGAGCGAGCCGAGAACUCCAGGCUGCCGAGGUAAACAGUGAGGAGAGGGCGGCCCUCGCUGCGCAGCGCGGACAGAGGCUCUGCCCCCGGGGGUGGGGCGGUUCGGCACAGCUAGCUCCAUACAAGAUAACUCCAGGGAGUAAAGCAGAAGCUGCCAAGCUCUAUGUUGGGGAUGUAAUCCUGGACAUUGAUGGAGAAAACACCGAUGGAAUGACCCACUUGGAUGCUCAGAACAAGAUCAAGGGAUGUGGAGAUGAACUGACUUUCCUGAUUGCCAGGUCCGAGGCCAAAAUUUGGUCUCCUCUGACUAACGAGAAUGGAAAGCCACACCCAUAUCGGAUGAACCUGGCAUCUGAUCAUCAGAGACCAGCUCAUUUUCAGCGUGCAUUCAGUCUAGUGAACCCAUCCGUUAGACGAACGCCCAGUGUCAGCAGCCCACUGUCUCCUGGGUUCUUUCGCGCUCCCCUUGCCACCGUCUAUGCUCCAUCUUCCUCUUGCUCUCCAUCAGCUUUACGCAGGAGGCACAGCACCUCCUCCAUCCCGAGCCAAGUCCGGGUCGGACCCCAGGAGCUGAAGGAAGCCGCCCAGUACUGUCCUGCAGGCCCGGUUGAGGUGGAGGUGCCAGGGCUCCGAGUGAUUCACACUCAGUUUAAUUCUCCUCUGCAACUUUAUUCUCAGCAAAACAUUAUGGACAGUUUGCAGGGACAGAUCUCAACACUAAGCCCCACUGUUGGCAGUUUGGAGCCAUUGAAGCUGCCGUGUAAGCCCAUGGUGGACACAGAGUCUGAAGUUUACAAAAUGCUACAAGAAAACCAGGAAACGGAGGAGCCACCUCGGCAAUCAGCCUCAUUCCGUGUGCUGCAGGAGAUCCUGGAAUGUGAGGCCAAUGGACAGUCAGAGAAACCAUCUGGGUUCCGGAAAGUAAAGGCUCCUGCCACCAAGGUGGGCUCGUCGGUUGGAAGUGCGCAGAAGCUGCCCGUGUGUGAGAUAUGUGACACCGGGAUAGUGGGGAUGAUUGUGAAAGUGCGUGACAGGUUCCGCCAUCCAGAAUGCUACGUCUGCUCGGACUGUGGAACAAACCUGAAGCAGAAAGGACACUUCUUUGUGGGGGAUGCCAUCUAUUGUGAGCAGCACGCCAAGGAGCGAGCCACACCUCCUGAGGGUUACGAUGUCGUCACCGUCUUCCCUAAGUCAUAAGCCACUCUCAGAAGCAACGGUUCCCAACCUGUGGAAUAACCGGCCAAGUUUGCAUGCCUGCCUAUGUACAUGAACUACUUUUCACACACUUUUAAAAAAGAUAAUGGAUUUCUGUAAUCACUUAGUACAAGGGCCUCUGUAAUGCAAUGAGGCGCAAUUAAACUACAAAUGUUUA